AGUUGGUUCAGAAUGGUUGUAGCUUUGGCAUGAGUCAUGGGCGGGUGCUUCGCCUUGGCAGAUGGGGGCGCAGCACUCUAUCGAGAGUGACGAGCACACGCAAGACCUCAAAGCUGAAGGCGGCAAAGGUCCCCUGUGCUGCUGUUGCCGCUCAGGCGACGAGCAUGACAAGGAGAUUGCUUCUGGUGCCAUCAUUCGAGAGGCCUUGAUCCCGGAGGUCGCCUCGUUGCAUCCGAAGGCCUUCUCCUUCACGCAGGCAGAGAGCUCGCAGGACAGUCCAUGCUCCAGCCAAUUCUCCGAUUUUGAGGACAGUGUUGGUGCACAGGCACUACCACUGCAGGGCAGGGGCAGUUGGCAUGCUGAAGGUGGCUCCUACACCAGUUUGGAUGCCUUGGCACAAUCCUUGACUGCUGGUGAUGCGGUGCUUGUCUGGGGCUCCUGGCUGGCCGAGCUGGCAAAGAGCAGCGCCCGACCUGUGAUGCCAAGGCGCCAGAACGUGCCUCCAGAGGCGGUCUGUAGCGCGGAGGAAAUCCGCAAGGGGACUCCUUUGCUCGCGGUGUCAUACUGCUGGGCGACCUCAGCGCAUCCGGAUCCGGAGGGCGCGCAGUUGCAGCUGCUCGGGCAGCUGCUGGAUUGCUGGCUGACCUCGCUCCAAAGACGAAGGGAGCCUGCGCCACACGUCGUAGCGCCUGAGGAGAGCUGGCUGAAACAGGAUGAGAUAGAGGGUGAGACGAGGACUGACGUCGCCGUGCUGUUGGACUGGUGCAGCAUCUACCAGGAGCCGCGAUUCGCAGAUGAACGUCGCACCUCAGAGCUGUUCCUCCAACAGGUUGGGCGCUGGUUUGCGCACGAGCACACCAACGUGUGGCUGUUCACGCAGUCCCCCAUCGGAGCAGAGCCUUACAGCCGCCGCGGUUGGCCGACCUUCGAGCGGGCUGUCAGUCUCCUGCCCAUCAGACGCAAAGAGGUGAUGGACAUAGGUUUGCUCCAGCGUACUCCGGAUAUGCACUGGCAGGACAUUGUCCGGCAGUGUCGAGCCAAGCGGCUGCCACCACAGAUGCCCUCGGAAUUCCUCGCUGAGCUCCAGCAGAAACAUUUCUCAUGGAGCUUCGAUCGAGAUUUGCUGGGCAUCCUAUACCGCGAGGUGUACGAGGAUGUAGUGGAGCGGGCCGUGGAAAUGCCGCUGGCGCGAUUGAACUGGGGAGACCCGGAAAUGCAGCUGCUGCACAGCGCCCUGGGCAGUUGCUGCCAGCUGCAGCGCCUCAACCUCGCGCAGAACCACAUUGGCAACGCGGGCGCAGAGGCGCUAGCCGAGACGUUGCUGCAGAGCCCACGCUUGCUACAGUCAUUGCAUUUGCUGGACCUCUCUGGCAAUGAGAUCGGCAACCCGGGCCUUUGCAGUUUGGCAGCCGCGCUGCCCAGCGCUCGCGCCAUGCAAGCCCUUGGCUUUGACAGCAAUUUCAUUGGCGACCUUGGCGCUGGAAGUUUAGCCCUCGCGCUUCCACAAUGUGGAGGCUUGCAGCGGCUUAUUCUGUGCAGGAACGAGAUCGGGGAUUCGGGCGCGGGGGAGCUUGCAAGGGCCAUGCCGCGCUGCAAUCUGCAGAUCCUGGACCUCAGCGAAAAUGAGGUCAGCGAUGUCGGUGCUGAACGCUUUGCUGCUGCUUUGCCGAACUGCGGCAAAUUGCAGAGGUUCGACCUGGCUCGAAACUACGUGGGGGACCGCGGAGCAGUGGCGCUGGCAGCGGCUUUGCCCAAGUGCCAGCUCGAGGCCUUUGGACUGGGCGGCCAUGAUGUCGGGGAGAUCCUCGGCGGAGAGCGCAUUGGUGACGGCGGCGCUGGCUUGCUGGCGUCCGCGCUGCUCCGCUGUGAACGACUCUGCAAGCUGGACCUGAGUGAGAACCAGAUCGGGGAUGGUGGGACCGCUCAGCUGGCCGCUGUCAUGCCUCACUGCGGUCAGCUUGCAGAGUUGGAUCUUUAUCGCAACUGCAUUGCCGACCAUGGCGUCAAGAGACUGGCAGAGGCCGUGCCUCAGUGUGGCCACCUAGACUGGCUGCGCCUGCUGGAAAAUCCCUACGGCAUCAAGGGGGCGUCGCGGCUGGUAGAAGCCUGGGAGGCAGCUGGGAAGCCCAAGGGGCGCCUUCUUUGCCAACCUGCGCCCAGUAGAAGCGGAGGCUUCUCUGGCUACUCAGGGUGGGCCAGUUGGGGCAGCCCCAUCUUGCCAGAGGAACGACGGGACUCGAAAGGUCGAGCGUCACGAGCAACUUCCUGCCGAAUGUCAUUGUGAAACACGCAGCCCAGCCUGGAGUGAGGCUGCACGUUUGCAGCUCGUUUUACAACUUUGGGCAUGGAGGAUGAUCACCCAGGAAGUGGA